UCCUCCAGAGCCCUGGAGAGCCCGUGGAGGCAGCAGCAGAAGCAGCCGCGCCCCAGAGUGAGUGGCCAAGAGCAGAACUGGGGACAGGCCGGACUGCCCCGACGUGACCAGACCCUUGGUUCCCCCCACCCCGUACCUCACCGCCCUCACAAUGCUGCUAUUGCUACUCUGGUCGUGGGGGUCGCUGCUCCGGAGGGCGGAGACAGUCUCUGUGGGGCAGACGGCGGGGGAGCUGUACCAGCGCUGGGAACGGUACCGUAGAGAGUGCCAGGAGACCCUGGAGGCCGUGGACCCCCCAGCAGGUCUCGCCUGUAACGGGUCCUUCGAUAUGUACGUCUGCUGGGACUACGCUGCACCCAACGCCACCGCCCGUGCGUCCUGCCCCUGGUACCUGCCCUGGCACCGCCACGUGGCUGCAGGCUUUGUCCGCCGCCAUUGUGGCAGUGAUGGCCAAUGGGGACCUUGGAGGGACCAUUCUCAGUGUGAGAACCCAGAGAAGAACGGAGCCUUUCAGGAUCAACGGCUGAUUUUGGAGCGGCUGCAGGUCAUGUACACCGUGGGCUACUCCGUGUCCCUGGCCGCACUGCUGUUAGCCCUGCUCAUCUUGGGUUUCUUCAGGCGGCUGCGCUGCACUCGAAACUACAUCCACAUUAACCUGUUCGCGUCUUUCAUGCUGCGGGCGGCGGCCAUCCUCACCCGAGACCGUUUGCUACCUCCAGCUGGCCCCUACCCUGGGGACGAAGCCCCUGUCCUGUGGAAACCUACCCUAGCUGCCUGCCGCACGGCCCAGAUCGUGACCCAGUACUGCGUGGGCGCCAACUACACGUGGCUGCUGGGGGAGGGUGUCUACCUACACAGUCUCCUGGUGCUUGUGGGAGGUUCUGAGGGGGGCCACUUCCGCUGCUACCUGCUCCUCGGCUGGGGGGCCCCCGCGCUUUUCGUCAUUCCCUGGGUGAUCGUCAGGUACCUGUACGAGAACACGCAGUGCUGGGAACGGAACGAAGUCAAGGCCAUUUGGUGGAUCAUACGCACCCCUAUCCUCAUGACUAUCUUGAUUAAUUUUCUCAUCUUUAUUCGCAUUCUUGGCAUCCUCGUGUCCAAACUGAGGACGCGACAGAUGCGCUGCCCGGACUACCGGCUGAGGCUGGCUCGCUCCACGCUGACGCUGGUGCCCCUGCUGGGAGUCCACGAGGUGGUGUUUGCCCCCGUGACAGAGGAACAGGCCCGGGGCGCCCUGCGCUUCACCAAGCUCGGCUUUGAGAUCUUCCUCAGCUCGUUCCAGGGCCUCCUGGUCAGCGUGCUCUACUGCUUCGUCAACAAGGAGGUAGGGACCUCCCCGGCUCGCCGCUCGCGCCCUCUGGUGGCCGUGCAGGGAACGGCGCGCCCCGGGCCGCCUCUGAGCGCUGUCCUGUUGCAGGUGCAGUCAGAGAUUCGCCGCUGCUGGCAUCGCUGUCGCCUGCGCCACAGCCUCGGUGAGGAGCGGCACCAGCCAGCGGAGCGCGCCUCCAGGACCCAGCGUUCAGGCUCAGCCCCCUGCCCGGUCGCCACUGACCGCACCCGGUCCUUGGGGACCCUUCCAGGGCCUGGGAAUGAGGCCAGCCGGGUCUUGGAAAGUUACUGUUAGGCAGCGGUCCAUUUCAAGUUAGCACGUUUUUAUUGAGCGCCUACUGUGUACCAGGUCCAGUGUGGAGAGCACUGGGGAAAUUGGGGCGGGGAUGGGAGGGGGGAAACGGAAGACAAGGUCCCUGUUAGGGUUCACAACUGAGUGGGGGAAACCCGAAGACAGAACGUCAAGUUAUACAUUCACUGUGGGAUGGCUAGUGAAGAAAAUCUAGAAGGGAGCCUCAGAGGCGACGCUUUAAGCCAUACCUGCAAGAGACAGAGACCACUUUGGGAAGAUUCUACGUCGAAGGAACAGCAUCUGCAAAGGCCUUGAGGCAGGAAAGAACCUGGGGGACAGACAGGUGGCCGGCGUGGCUGGAGUGAGAGGAGUCAGGGCCAACCGAUGGGGAGAGUGAAGUGGGGAGGGGCGCACGAUCUGGGGUUUUCUUCCAGGGGCAUUAGAGUCCUAGCAAGAGUGUCUCAUAGGCUAGUUUUUUUGUUUGUUUGUUUUUUAAUAUUUUGAGAGAGAGAGAGAGAGAGAGAGAGAGAAUCCCAAGCAGGUCCUCGCUAUCAGCGUAGAGUGCCAUGCAAGGGAUCCCACGAACCAGGAUAUUGUGACCUGAGCUGAGAUCGAGUCAGACGCUUAACCGACUCAGCCCCCCAGGCGCCCCUGACGGGCUGCUGUUGGAAGCAGACCUUCCGUUUGCCACGUGAGGGAACCGCGAUUAGGGGCCGGAGUGGCCGCUGCAGAGAGGCCAAAGCGGUCGGGCUCCGAUGCUAGUUUAAAGACAGAACUGAGGACUUGCCAAUGUCGCACGCAGGGAGUGCAGCCAGAAGUCCUUGAAGACUCCUAGGUUUGGGAUGGUGGAGAGGAGAAAGGGGUUCAGGGUGGGGAGAGCCAAGAGUGCCCUUUGGACAUGUUAGGCUGGGAAAAGGGUCUGGGGCUCACAGGAGGGGAGAUAGAAACAGGGGUGGAGCGGGGGGCCAGAAAGGACUUGGCCUGUAGACUAAAGGGGGCCAUUCAGGGCAGGCCUUGGAGCCAAACCCAGGACCAGUGCCGGCUGGGGGCUGCGGCCACACAUCCCCACCCUCCUGGGCGGCCCCUGGGACCUGGGAGAAUUAGGAGGCCACCAACAGUCUCACUGUGUCUGGAUCACUUGUGCACACUGGACUCUCACUCCUAAAUCCGCCCCCACUCAUGUCUGCGCUUAGAUUUAGUAGCUGGGUGUUUUCCUUGGGGUCCGCAGUCCCCUGUACAGAUGGGCCCCGUAGCUGAAUGGAAUCCUUCAAGAAUGUGGUCCCCCUGGGACCCUCUCAUGGGCUUUGGGGGGGUGCUUGGAAGCAGGGACCUUGUAAAUAAAGCAUGACAAACACCUGGGCUGUGCGGAUGGGGAGGGCUGGGAGAAUCUUCCAGGCCAGGCCGGAAAGAGAAAUGAGGCAGGCUGCGUGGCUGGGUGCCCGUGGUGGCCUUGCGGCCUCUGGAGGGGCGCACUGCUCUUCAGCCACGCGCUGCCACCGGCCCCCACGCCUGCAAGGAACCCCUGCUGGGAAUGUUCCCGCCAUCUCCCGAUACUCAGCUCCCUGCAACGCGUACAAUUAAAAUCACGUGUGUGCGCCUAA